CUAAACCAGAAAGUCUGCGGAGCUAGUGCCGGGCAAUUUGCGGUGCUCCCGACUUGGACGUAGUGUUAGAAACAGGCAGGGGGGAAGGCGCUGUCGCUGGAGCUGAAACCAGGCGGCCGGAGUUCUCAGGGAUGAACCUCGAGUUGCUGGAGUCCUUUGGGCAGAAUUAUCCAGAGGAAGCUGAUGGAACUUUGGAUUGUAUCAGCAUGGCCCUGACCUGCACCUUUAACAGGUGGGGCACACUGCUCGCAGUUGGCUGUAACGAUGGCCGAAUUGUCAUCUGGGAUUUUUUGACAAGAGGCAUUGCUAAAAUAAUCAGUGCGCACAUCCAUCCAGUCUGUUCUUUAUGCUGGAGUCGAGAUGGUCAUAAGCUUGUGAGUGCUUCCACAGAUAACAUAGUGUCACAAUGGGAUGUUCUUUCAGGCGACUGCGACCAGAGGUUUCGAUUCCCUUCACCCAUUUUAAAAGUCCAGUAUCAUCCACGAGAUCAGAACAAGGUUCUCGUGUGUCCCAUGAAAUCUGCUCCUGUCAUGUUGACCCUUUCAGAUUCCAAACAUGUUGUUCUGCCGGUAGAUGAUGAUUCCGACUUGAACGUGGUUGCCUCUUUUGAUAGGCGAGGGGAAUAUAUCUAUACAGGAAAUGCAAAAGGCAAGAUUUUGGUCCUAAAAACAGAUUCUCAGGAUCUUGUUGCUUCCUUCAGAGUAACAACUGGAACAAGCAAUACCACAGCCAUUAAGUCCAUAGAGUUUGCCCGGAAGGGGAGUUGCUUUUUAAUUAACACAGCGGAUCGAAUAAUCAGAGUUUACGAUGGCCGAGAAAUCUUAACCUGUGGAAGAGAUGGAGAGCCGGAGCCUAUGCAGAAAUUACAGGACUUGGUAAAUAGGACCCCGUGGAAGAAAUGCUGUUUCUCUGGGGAUGGAGAAUACAUAGUGGCGGGUUCGGCCCGGCAGCAUGCCCUGUACAUCUGGGAGAAGAGCAUAGGCAACCUGGUGAAGAUUCUCCACGGGACAAGAGGAGAGCUCCUGCUGGACGUGGCUUGGCAUCCUGUUCGACCCAUCAUAGCUUCCAUUUCUAGUGGAGUGGUAUCUAUCUGGGCGCAAAAUCAAGUAGAAAAUUGGAGUGCCUUUGCACCAGACUUCAAAGAAUUGGAUGAAAAUGUAGAAUAUGAGGAAAGGGAGUCAGAGUUCGAUAUUGAAGACGAGGACAAGAGUGAGCCGGAGCAGACAGGGGCUGAUGCUGCUGAGGAUGAGGAGGUGGACGUCACCAGCGUGGAUCCCAUUGCUGCUUUCUGUAGCAGUGAUGAAGAGCUGGAAGAUUCAAAGGCUCUAUUAUAUUUACCCAUUGCCCCUGAGGUAGAAGACCCAGAAGAAAAUCCUUAUGGCCCCCCACCAGAUGCAGUCCAAACCUCCUUGAUGGACGAAGGUGCUAGUUCAGAGAAGAAGAGGCAGUCUUCAGCAGAUGGGUCCCAGCCACCUAAGAAGAAACCCAAAACAACCAAUAUAGAACUUCAAGGAGUACCAAAUGAUGAAGUCCAUCCACUACUGGGUGUGAAGGGGGAUGGCAAAUCCAAGAAGAAGCAAGCAGGCCGGCCUAAAGGAUCAAAAGUUAAUAGUUCACAGCAGCCCAUCUAAGGAUGCCCAUCAGAGGUUGAACAGCUUCUAUGGAAUGAUCAGGAAAGUGUUCAUUUGAUUUUACUAUUGAGGAUUUUAUUUAUUGGUCAGUUGUUGGCGUAUAGAAAUACCAACACUAGUUUUCAUUAACAUUUCAUCAUACGUGGAAUUCCGGAGCGAUGAGAAUGUCACCGAAGGAACAGGGGUAUUUGGAAAGGGGUCGUUCCUCACUGUUACUCAUUUAGGGACCAAGCGGUCUAAUACGUGAGAGAUGUGAUAUGUAAUGCCUUAGAAUUAAUUCUUUUUACCUGCUGCAAAAUUUGUUAACACCUUGGAGAAUGGCUAAUUAGCCUAGAGAAUGUGUGGAACUCAUCCUUUCACCAUUUUUGCCCUUUGGGGCAGUACUGAGAAAGUACGGGGUGGAGGUUUGGGUUUGGGGUUAUGCUUCAAUGAAGAAGAGUAACUGGGAGUGGGAGUUGGUUUUAACUUAGAGGGGGAAUUCUUAGCCCAUGUGUGCUUGUCAUGCAUCAUCCAGCAUCUGUCAGUAUUUCUGCUCUGCUCAGCAGCUGGUUUAGUUGAUAUUAACGGAAAUCUCUUUGUGUCUGAU